GAAAUUGAAAACUUUAUAGAUUUUUAAAUAAUUAAAAUUUUAAUUGUGUGAAUUGUAGGUUGGAAAUAGAAACAUAAUCCAAGAAGAAAGGAAGGGAUGGAUGGCCUUAAGCUGAAAUCAAGUUCCUUGCCCAGAAAGCAAAAGAUUACAGAGAAACAGGAUAUUAAAACAUUUCUAUUUCUGUUAUUGGGUUUCGGAGUCCAGAAAUCUGUUUCGCCUCCUUAGCAUGGAUUGAAUAAAAAAUAAGGCAGGCAUAUUAUGUAAAAGCAAAAACCAUUAUUAUAUCAGAGCUAGUAUUGGAUGCUACAAAAAAAAAUUUAACUUGCAGCCCUCGGUUCAAAGGAAUAACUCGGGGGGGGGGAAGAACAAAAGAGGAGACAGGAUUGGAAAAAAAAGGCUAUUAAACUAGUUAUUCUGAUUAGGUGAAUACAAGUCACUUUUGUUUGCUUGUGCCCUGUAUGGUUUGCGCCCUGCGGGCGAUUUUUUUUGUUUUUUUGGACCGGCUAGCCAAUUUGGGGGCUGACUUAAAUGUGUAUGUGUGCGUGCGGGUGUCUUAAGACUGUGGUUGCAGUUCAAAUGUUUGUGUGUAUGCGCUUGUGUUUUAAGACUGAGUGUGGUUGCAGCUCAAGAUUUAUGCCUUCGUUUGGAGCAAAGGGGCAUGAAAUAAGAGACGGAAAGUGGCAUGGGCUCUGAGGCAAACAUUGAAUCUUAGGUGUUCGAAGACUCAGAAACAAAGACCUGCCUCCUUUCUUCAUCUGAGCGGACGGACUGGCACCUUGCAUACGCUCUGUUUGGGUAUAUUUUUUCCCCUUUGGAAGCGACUGUUUCUUUCUAACCCUGGCACGGGACGGAGCCAGUGCUACAGUCAUCCCAGAAGCUAAGUCUGAAUGAAAGCUGAAUGUCAAUGAAGCCGGGGCUUAGCAGGGAGGGGACCGUAGCCAGCCCAUAAAGGCAGACACAUGAUGGGAGAGUCCGAAGACUGCACGUUCUUUUCUUUCUCCCCCACCUCGCAGCUCUGCUAAGGAACCCAUGCCCAGCCCUGAACGACCACCAAUUGUUCUCUCGGGGUACCCACGUAGUGCACGUCUCCUUCCUCGCGGGGAGUGGGGGACCAUUCUUGCUCCUACUGCAGAAGGCAGCAGACCCCGGGGCCCGGAGGCGCCAGUCUGAUUCGGGAUUGGCAUCUGCUUGGAUCUGGUGCAGCUCGGGUCGGCGGAAUCCCGUCGGGGGCUCACCCGCAUCUGCCCAGGGAGGAGGCUCUGCAGCCGGGAUGCGCCCCGCAGCCCGCCGCCGCCGCCGCCCGGGACUCGGGGCUGCCCCUGCCAAGGGGAGGGUGUGCCCGCAGUGUUAGGGCGCAGCGAGGCAGGGGUCCCUCCGCCGAGGCUUAGCAGGCGCAGCCGUCGGGGGCAGGUAGACCCUACGAAGAGGCAGCCACAUGUGCCGGGAAGCAGCGGCCACAGUUUGGACUCAGAGCUCGGGACUCAGCUCUCCUCCCUGACCCCGGCGUCUUUCCUCUUUUGGGAAGCUCAGAUCCCCUCCUGCAAGCCCCGCCCUUCCUCCCCCCCUUUCCUUUGGCUGGUUGCAGCACCCGCUUUUGUGCCCGUGGUUGCUCUCCUUAGCAGGCGGCGACGCCCGGGGACAGGAGCUUGCUAAUAUCCCGGGCUCAAAAGCGUUGCUCUUUUCCCUGCCUCCUCUGGAAGCUUUUUGUCCCCGCCAGGCCUCCGUGCCGCGCGGCACGAGAGUGUGAGUGUGUGGUUGAGAGCGCGUGGCACGAGGGGGAGGGGCGGACGUUGAGAUGGGCGAGACCAUGUCCAAGAGGCUGAAGCUCCAUUUGGGAGGGGAGGCAGAAAUGGAGGAGCGGGCCUUCCCCAACCCCUUUGCGGACUAUGAAUCCGCCUCCGCUGUGGCAGUUGCCGCCGGCGUUGCUGCCGAAGAGCCUCCCCAACCCGUCGGGAAUAAUCUGGGCCUCCCAUUUCACGGCGACGGGAAGAUCAACUCCAGUUUUGCAAAGAGGAUCCAGACCAAAAUCAAGGACCUCCUGCAACAGAUGGAGGAAGGCCUGAAGACUGCUGAUCCUCAUGACUGCUCUGCAUACACUGGCUGGACAGGCAUAGCCCUUCUGUACUUGCAGAUGUACCGUGUCACUUCGGACCAGGCCUACCUGCUGCGAUCCCUGGAUUAUGUGAAGAGAACGCUUCGUAAUCUCAGCGGCCGGAGGGUCACUUUUCUCUGUGGGGAUGCGGGGCCCCUCGCUGUAGGUGCUGUGGUGUACCACAAGCUAAAGAGUGACAGCGAGUCCAGAGAGUGCAUCACAAGACUUUUGCAGCUACAGAAAACAGUCGUAAGUCCAGACUCAGACCUUCCAGAUGAACUCCUUUAUGGACGGGCAGGUUACCUGUAUGCCUUACUGUACUUGAAUACAGAGAUUGGUCCAAACACAGUGUCUGAGACAACUAUCAAAGAGGUAGUAAAUGCCAUCAUCGAAUCAGGUAAAAAUCUAUCCAAGGAAGAGCGCAAAACUGAACGCUGCCCACUGCUCUUCCAGUGGCACAGGAAGCAGUAUGUUGGAGCAGCUCAUGGUGUGGCCGGAAUCUACUAUAUGUUAAUGCAGCCAGCAUCUAACGUGGACCAGGAAACCUUGGCAGAGUUGGUGAAACCAAGUGUUGAUUAUGUGCGACAUAAAAAAUUCCGAUCUGGAAAUUAUCCAUCGUCGUUAAGCAAUGAAACGGAUAGAUUAGUCCAUUGGUGCCAUGGUGCCCCAGGGGUUAUACAUGUGCUUCUACAAGCCUAUAAGAUCUUUAAGGAGGACAAAUAUUUGAAGGAUGCUAUGGAAUGUAGUGAUGUAAUCUGGCAGAGAGGCUUACUACGGAAAGGAUAUGGAAUCUGCCAUGGGACAGCAGGAAAUGGUUACUCCUUCUUAUCCCUCUACCAUCUUACUCAGGAUAAAAAGUACCUCUACAGAGCCUGUAAGUUUGCAGAGUGGUGUUUAGAUUAUGGAGCACAUGGGUGUCGUAUUCCUGACAGACCCUACUCACUCUUUGAAGGUAUGGGCGGCACUAUUCACUUUCUGUCAGAUAUCCUGGUUCCAGAGACAUCCCGCUUUCCGGCAUUUGAACUUGGCCCUCCACAAAGGGAAAAAAAGGUAGAAAGAGACAGCUGAACACAUCCCUUUGUCUCAAAA